AUGGAGGCAUUUCGAUUCAUCAAUCACACCAAACAUCCUGAACACCCACGUCCAACGCAAUUACCACUUACAGCACUGGAACUGGAUGAAGCACUAAUGGUAAUAGUCAAGGAAAUGCAAAUUUCGGACUUCAAGGAGGAAUUGAAGCAACCAAGCAAACACGGAGAAGUUAUGAAAUCUAGUGCUUGGAGCUGCCUAGCUCUCUUUGUGGAUAGCAAGGGAAUAAUCCGGGUAGGAGGUCGGCUGAGUGCUUCAAAUUUGUCCUAUGAUGCUAAGCAUCAGCUGUUGAUUCCCUACAAUGAUCCAUUGACUAAACUCCUAACGCGAAUGAUCCAUGGUGAUAACUUCCACCGUGGGCCACAAACAUUACUAUCAAUCACCCGACAACGAGUUUGGCCAAUCAAAGGUAAAUCUAUAGCUAGAUCAGUUGUCCAGCACUUUAUAACAUGCUUCAAGUCCAGGCCAAAAGUGCUGACUGAAAUGAUGGGAAAUCUGGCUCACACCAGAGUACAAUCAGCUCGCCCAUUUUUGAAUUCAGGGGUUGAUUAUUGUAAUCCUUUAUGGAUAUGUUACAAAAUACGUGGAAAGAAACCACAAAAGAUCUAUGUUGUAGUAUUUUGCUGCUUCCCAACAAAGGCUGUCCACUUGGAAAUAGCAAGGGAUUUGACAACGGAAACAUUUAUCGGAGCUUUGAAACGAUUUAUUAGUCGGAGGGACCACUGUGCCAAUUUAUACUGUGACAACGCUACCAACUUUGUCGGUGCAAAAUAUCAACUUUCCGAUUUGAAUUCUACAGUUCACUCUGCGUCCGGCCAAGAAGCCAUAUUCAAGGCAUGCAAUACCAAAGGAGUAAAAAUCAAUUUCAUACCUCCUAGAUCUCCUCACUACGAAGGACUCUGGGAAGCAGCAGUUAAAUCAGUAAAACAUCCCUUCGUAGCACCUUCAACACUCACCUAG